CCUUCCGCGGUGGUUCCUUCAGCGCAUGCGUCGAAACAACUCUUACACGUCUCCGCUUGGAGGUGUGCGCGUGCGCACUGGAGGAAACCCCCCCCUUUGCGCGGUUAGGAGGAGCAGGAGCGCGCAUGCGCGACAGGAGAAGCCGAGGGAUUCACUAUGGCCGUGGGUCCCGGGAUGUCGCUGCUGCUCUCCUCGCUGCUCUCGCUGCUGCUCUUUGCCGGGAUGCAGAUGUACAGCCGGCAGCUGGCGUCCAGCGAGUGGCUGACCAUCCAAGGAGGCCUCCUCGGCUCCGGACUCUUCAUCUUCUCCCUCACCGCUUUCAACAACCUUGAAAAUCUGAUUUUUGGCAAAGGCUUCCAAGCCAAGAUCUUCCCUGAAAUUAUCUGCUGCUUGUUGCUGGCUUUGUUUGCGUCUGGAUUGAUCCAUCGGGUCUGUGUCACUACCUGCUUCAUCUUCUCCAUGAUCGCCCUCUACUACAUCAACAAGGUCUCCUCCACGCUCUACCAGUCGGCCGCGCCGGUGCCGGUGCCCACCAAGGCGGUCAGCAAGGGACGGAAGAGGAACUGAGGACAAAGGAAGAACGGGGUGGAUUGAUUGACAGGCGGGAAAUGGAAUGGCCAAAUUUCCAUAGAGCCAAAUAUCCCAUAAAGGUGUUUUUGUAAAAACAGAAA